AUGGCGAGUAAUAUUCCUGCUUCACUGAGAACCACUGAUAUCGGGCGGUUUGCCCUGAGGGCAUCGCAGAUUGAGAAGGCCAAGCCAGUCGUGGCCUACUGGUGCAACUUUCAUAUUGUGAACCAAAUAAUCGAGAGAGGCCUUCAUAAUUCAGAUGAUGAGGUCAAGCUUUAUACAACCGACCUGGUGGAAAAGUUGGAACAGAAAUGGCAACAGUUCAAAAGCGAUAAUCAAGAGAAUGAAACCGUCACAGAUGAGGUUGCUGCCAGUGCAUAUGUCGAACAAUUCGGUCUCGAGGUGUUCAACCGUGCAGAGGCGGCCAUGACCGCCAACAAAGUUACAAAACAAACAGCGGAUACAUUCCAGGCGGCUGCAAUAUUCCUCGAGCUCUGCCAGGUAUGGGGAGAACUGGACUCGGAGAUUGCGGGGAGAAUCAAGUUCGCCAAGUACCACGCGAUUCGAAUCGUGAAAGCGAUCAAAGCCGGCGAGGACCCCAAUGCCUCGAACCCCGCCCCACAAGUGGAAGAAGAAAACGAAGCCACCGUCGCCGAUCCCGAUGUCCAAGCAUUCGACGAAGGUGUGGCGGAGCAGGCCUCCAAGCCAAGACAGGCCUCCGUCGAGGAAGUUCCCGAUGAAGCAGAUCGUCUCGGGCGCCAGAUGGCCCUUCAAUCAUCUCUGGACGAGUCACUACACCCGUCCCGAACUUCAUCGAUGCCACGCCCGCAAGAAUCUUCUCUUCCUGAUAUCCCUUCCGUCCCAAGUAACGCGCCAGGUUCUCCCCCGACGCAGAAGAUGGACAUCGAUGACCCCCAAUCGGGAGGUCUCGAGCUUCCAUCAACUCCCGGUACGAUAGGUGGCUCGAGCUCUCUCCCAAAGCUACCAGAUACACCGGGUUCUACGAAUGCGCCUGCUUCUCAUAUUUCGCGGAAUUCAAAUGCCUUCCAGUCAUUCCCACCACCGGCCGAUACCCCAUCCGUCCCUGCUCCAGACCCGGCGUCAUUCUAUGAUCCUACAAGCGCCAGUGCCUAUAUCCCACCACCGGCAGCGUCGCCAUCUGUUCCUCCAGCACGGGCGCCUGCUCCUCCCGCUCCUGCUCCUGCACCUGCACCCGCUACCCCGAGCCAACCCUCGCAUUCGAUAGAUGACAACUCUAUCACCCAGGCGCAGAAGCACGCUCGCUGGGCAGUAUCUGCGCUGACAUUCGAUGAUGUCGACACGGCAGUGAAGGAACUGAAGAACUCGCUGAAGUACCUAGGUGCAUCAUGA